AUGCCGCGCUCCUGGGUUGCUAGCCUUCCCAACUUCUUGCCCAGGCUGCUUCUUAGCAUCUUGGCAGGUCUCCAACAGGUAUCUGGUGGAUGCCAAAUGUUCUAUUGCCCCGAAGGGUUUGAGUGCUGUGGUGAAAGCUGCUGUGUGAAGACAGAACAUUUCUCUGGCCCCAUGAGGACAUUUGUCAUCAGCUUCCUGGUCAUCAUACCUCUCCUCUGCAUCUGUGGCUUGUCCAAGCGUUUGUGCCGAGCUUGUUUGGUCUCAGAGCCAGAGCCCUCUACACCUCAGCGAGAAGUGCCCAUGGCAGUGUCCUUCAGUAACCAUUCGAGGCCCUCUGACAUUCCAGCACCUGCCUCGUUUGGACUCCCACCCCCCUACAGCGAGGUCAUUCAGAAGCCAGUUCCGUGUCCACCACCUCCCAGGGAGCCACCGCCGCCCUACAGCCCCACACCCAUUGUGACAACUCAGAGUACCCAAGGAGGAAUCGUCAACCCGGCCUUCUAAAGCAUGUGGGGACACCCUAGGAGCUGACACUUAAUUUAUUUCCUGUCCUCGCCUUUGCCUGUUCGAGGGUGUCCUCACUCCUAGGGGCUCUGGGCAUUCCUUGGGCUGGGAAUCCUCUCCUUCUCUUCAAGCUUUACCGAUGGAGGGAGAGAGGCAGACUUCGGCUCAUGUUCAGAAAGGCAGCUCUCUUUGACACUUGAUACAUCUAAGAAGAGGCUGGAUGGUUGCCUGUCCCUGAAUGCUGAAAGGAAGAUUCCUGCAGGUGGGAAGAGAUCCUAGACUUGAGAUAGCCUUCCUCCCUUUUCCCCAACUUCAGGAGGAGUGGGCUGAGAUCUUGUCCAUAAUCUCUUGGGUUUUUUUGUGUGUGUGCGUGGAGGUUGGGUAGGGGCUAUAAAUAAGUCUAAGCAGAGUCAUCCUCUGGCAUAAAAAAGACAUGCCUCGACUGCUGCCCUACAAUGGCUAGAGUUCCACCAUUAGAGAUCCAUUCCCUUGGUUAAAGCCUUGCCCCUACCUAUGGAUUUU